UACCUCCAUAACCGCUCUGCUUUCAAUUUCUAGAUAUACAGCAGGAGAGAGAAAGAAAGAAAGAGUAUCUAUUCUUCUAAAGUGCUUUUUAUCAUCAUCUUCAUCUUCUUCUUUGUUUCAGUUCAGAUUACAGACAUUUUAGAUCCGAGAAAAAAACAUGAGUAUGUACGGUCGGGAUCCAUGGGGAGGAUCUCUAGAAAUACACGCCGCCGAUUCAGCCACCGACGAUGACCGGAGUCGUAAUUUACACGACUACGAUAGGGCGGCGCUUUCCCGUCAGCUUGACGAAACGCAACAGAGCUGGCUUUUAGGUCCCAGCGAGCAGAAGAAGAAGAAGAAAUACGUAGAUCUCGGCUGUAUCAUCGUCAGCCGUAAGAUCUUUCUAUGGACUGUUGGAUCGAUCCUCGCCGCAGCUUUCCUCGCCGGUUUAAUCAUUCUCAUCGUCAAAACAGUACCUCGUCAUCAUCAUCCUAAACCCCCGCCGGAUAACUAUACCCUUGCCUUACACAAAGCCUUGAUGUUCUUCAAUGCUCAAAAAUCUGGGAAACUUCCUAAGCAUAAUAAUGUUUCAUGGAGAGGAAAUUCAUGUUUGAAUGAUGGAAAAUCUGAUUCGAAGAAUCUGGUUGGUGGGUAUUACGAUGCUGGAGAUGCAACCAAGUUCAAUUUCCCUGCUUCUUUCGCUAUGACAAUGUUGAGUUGGAGUGUAAUUGAAUACAGUGCUAAAUUUGAAGCUGCUGGAGAACUUAAUCAUAUUAAGGAUAUUAUUAAAUGGGGAACUGAUUACUUUCUUAAGACAUUCAAUUCAUCAGCAGAUUCCAUUUCUACUUUAGUUGCUCAGGUUGGAAUUGGAGAUACUUCUGCAGGGGGGUCGAGUCCAAAUGAUCAUUACUGUUGGAUGCGUCCUGAAGAUAUCGAUUACGAUAGACCUGUGACUGAAUGCAGUAGCUGUUCGGAUUUGGCAGCAGAGAUGGCGGCUGCGUUAGCUUCUGCUUCGAUUGUGUUCAAGGAUAACAAGGUUUAUUCGCAGAAAUUGGUACAUGGUGCGAAGACGCUGUUUAAAUUUGCUAGGGAUCAGAGGGGUAGAUACAGCGCGGGUGGAUCAGAUGCGGCGGGGUUUUAUAACUCGACUAGUUAUUGGGAUGAGUUUAUUUGGGGUGCGUCUUGGCUUUAUUAUGCUACUGGAAAUUCUUCGUAUCUGCAGCUUGCGACUACUCCUGGUCUUGCUAAACAUGCUGGUGCUUUCUUUGGUGGUCCUGAUUAUGGUGUUCUUAGCUGGGAUAAUAAACUUGCAGGCACCCAAGUGCUGUUGAGUCGAAUGAGGUUGUUCUUGAGCCCCGGUUAUCCAUAUGAAGAAAUGUUGAGGACGUUUCACAAUCAGACGAGUAUUAUCAUGUGUUCAUAUCUUCCAAUCUUUACAAGCUUUAACAGGACAAGAGGUGGUUUGAUACAGUUAAACCAUGGAAGACCACAGCCUCUUCAAUAUGUAGUUAAUGCAGCCUUCUUGGCUACCGUAUUCGGCGAUUAUCUUGAUGCUUCUGAUACCCCCGGUUGGUAUUGCGGCCCUAACUUCCAUUCUACAGACGUCCUGCGCCAAUUUGCCGAGACACAAAUUGACUAUGUUUUGGGGAAGAAUCCGAAAGGGAUGAGUUAUGUAGUCGGUUUUGGUAACCAUUAUCCAAGGCAUGUUCACCAUAGAGGUGCUUCUAUACCGAAGAACAAGGUUAAGUAUAACUGUAAAGGCGGUUGGAAAUGGAGGGACACGUCGAGCCCUAAUCCGAACAUGGUUGUUGGUGCUAUGGUGGCUGGACCUGACAGGCACGACGGUUUUCACGACGUGAGAACGAAUUAUAACUACACCGAACCCACAAUAGCAGGGAAUGCAGGAUUGGUUGCGGCUCUGGUUGCACUUUCUGGCGACAAAAAAGGGGGAGUAGACAAGAACACCAUAUUUUCGGCUGUGCCACCCAUGUUUCCUACCCCGCCGCCACCUCCUGCACCUUGGAAGCCGUGAGAAUGAUGAUUUUGGAAUCAUUUUUGUUAACCUUCGAACCCUCGAAUUCCUCGGCUGAUCCGUUCCAUUUUUAUGUGAAGUAGCUAUACACGUGUGUAUGUAUGUAUGCAAGGACUUGACAUUAUCGUGUAACCGAUAGAGCUGUUGAAAGAAACUAUCUGUAGCUGGGAAAUUGAUUAAGAAAGAAAGAAUUAACACAAUUUAAAUUUCAA